UCAUCCCUGCUACUAGCUACUGCUUGCAGAGAUCCAGAGAGGUGCUUCCCGAAUUGAAAUCUCGCCACAAUGGGGCGGCGGUGGCGGCAGCGACAGCGGGUUUCUUUCAUUGCGAUCGGUUUUAGUGGUCGGUAGAGAGUAGUGGUGCCUCUCCCUUUCGAUCGGUGUUGGUGUUUGCGGCGGAUAUCCAGGCAGAAAGGUUCUCCUGGGGUUUAUCGGUGAGGGAUUCGUCAAAUUCUCUUCCUUCUUCCUGUUGCCUCCUCGUCUCUGCUAUUCUGCGCAUAUGCUACCCAGAUUAUCUGGAGAACCAGUUCUGUCGCUAGAGGUAAAGUUUUCUUGAUUUUGUUGAAACUAGUUGCGUGGGUAAAAGAACUCAGAAUCUGCGAUUUUUAGUUUCUUUGGGAACCCUAAUUCCGAAGGUUUUAGGGUACACGAGUUCUGGCUCCAUCUUUUUUCUUCUGAUACAGAACUUGUGGGUGAUCCAUAUAGGGAAUCUGCAAAAGUUGCUGGGAAUGUGGGAAAUUGGUGGUGAUCCAUAUACUCGUUGUUGGUCGGGUUCUUUGACAAUUAGGUUUUCUAUUUGAUCACGCCAGUUAGGGUUUUGGUGCGGCCAUGACUGUGCACUCUGUUGCGUUAAGAAGGUUGGAAUGCGGCCCUCUCAGUAACAUUCUUGUACACAGAUUUGAUAUAAAUAAAAAAACAAUCUUGUAGAGCCUUGCUUCUCCUCAUAAAUCCUUGUCGGCGUUCUCCCUCUAUUCAGCUAAGUUUAUCACUAAAUUGCUUCUUUCAAGUUCUGCAAAUUGCAAGUAAAUUUGACCUAUGCAAUGUUUACAUUCAAUCAUUGGACAUCUGUUGCCAUUGUAUUCUGGUGAUCCACAAAUGGUAAUAUGUGUUGCCAUGCUGGUUUUAGUGGAAGUGACCAUUUAGUUACCUCAGUUGCCCUUCUGCUCUAUCUUUGUUAAGUGAAAAGUUUAAAUGGAGUCCUAGAAGGGAACUGUGAAUUGUGAAAUGACUAAUAGAGGAAACCGGCCGUGUUUUCGGGUAAAGAAGUUGGUCUGGAAGUUGUGUCCCGUUGUCCCUACAAUUGAAAUUGUGUACAAUCAGCUGCCCUUCUGCUCUAUAUUAUUAAGUGGAACUAUAAAUGGAGUCCUAGAAGGGAGCUGUGGAAUGACUAAUAGAGGAAAUAAAGUUAAUACAUUGGACUGGUGGCCGUGUUUUCGGGAAAAGAAGUUGGUACAGAAGUUGUGUCCCGUUGUCCCUACAAUUGAAAUUGUGUCCAAUCAGUUGCCCUUCUGCUCUGGACUGGUGGCCGUAUUUUCGGGAAAAGAAGUUGGUACGGAAGUUGUGUCCCGUUGUCCCUACAAUUGAAAUUGUGUCCAAUCAGUUGCCCUUCUGCUCUAUAUUAUUAAGUGAAACUAUAAAUGGAGUCCUAGAAGAGGGAGCUGUGGAAUGACUAAUAGAGGAAACAAAGUAAAUACAUGGAUUGGUGAUCAUGUUUGAGAAAAGUUGGUCUGCAAGCUGUGUCCCAUUGUUCCUUCAGUUGUCCUUCUGCUCUAUAUUAUUAAGUGAAAUUAUAACUGAAGUUCUAUAAGUUGGUCUGCAGUGAAUGGCUUUGUGGACAAUGCAAGGUUGGUGGAGCUUUAUGAUGAAUGAGAUGGAGAGUGAGUGUGGUACCUGCUUGAUGGAUUCUUACUUUGCUUGCUGUAUGUGUUUGUGUAAGCUGGAGAACAUGGAUUAAUAAACAUGCUGUCCUUUAUUUUGUUGAGCAAUUAAUAUGUUGUCCGACUAGUGACUAUCUCUCCCUUGUGCUGAUUUACGUUGGAAGUUUCAGUGGGAAGUAAAAUUUUGUUUUGUGUUUGCUGCCAGAGCAACAUGAACUCCAUCAUCUUUAAUGGGAAUGCUGAACUACAGGUUCUUGUUAUUAAGACCAAACAACUACUAUGUUUGUAAUGAAAUGACUAUGUGGCUGGUCAUCCAGAGGUAUGGUUCUGGAAUUACACUCCAACGUGAUUUUCUUAAUAAUGCGUCUUACCUCAAGACACGUGGGUUGUGUGGGGUUUCAGCUUUUCUUGAUUGAGGGCGACUACAGUCAGCUAAUAGAAGGGGCACAAGAGAUGAUAGCUGCUACAGCUGCAUUCUCCACUCUUUACUCGUCUUUCUUGCCUACCAUCUCCCUAACCCAAUGGUGCAGUCUCACCGGGCCAAAAAGUUUCCUUCUACAGACUCCAGCCACCUAAAUGGUGCUAGUUUUGGUGGCCCUGGUUGCAUGUCAAACGUGAAGAUACUAAGCAAAUCGAAGGAUAAUACUCAGGAUAUAAAUGUGGGAGCUGAUUUGGAAUGAUCCAGUGUGGACAUCAGUGGUCAGAGCAAGGUUGCAACUCAUGCUGACCUAAUUACAGUUUUGUGGGGAAGCAGCAGGGAAGGUACAGUCUAGAAUCCCUUCCAAAACUCUUGUUGCCGAGAUGGUUUAUUUCUUUCUGAUAAAGGGCAUAGACAUUAUCUGUCAGUUGAUGAGUUAUUGAUUUUGUGUUUCUUUUGCCACUGUAAGCAUCGAGACAGAGAACACGGAAUUAUGUAUGGGAAAACAGUUUGGAUCUAUUGAAUGAUGAUAGUAAUUCUUUGGUCUUCUAGGAGGUAAUGUCGAACUGUAUGCGUCCUUGUGGAGGAUACUCCGGCAGAUCAGUGGCCGGUUGUGGUUUUGUUGAGUGAAGGAAAUCUUUUGGGAAUACUUAUCGGUCUUUCGGGAAAUUUGUUUAUUUGUUGUCUUCAGUAUGGUGAGUAUAUACCUAUUUGUUUUGCGUUAUCUAUUUCGUUGUUUUUCUGCACUGUCUUUUGCUGUGUUUACAAAACCGAAAAGGAUUUUCUGUCUCGCUGCGUCAUGGACAUUCUGUUGCAAUAGUAUCUCUGCACUUCGUAUAUGCAGUGAUGAAAAGCUACAAUGACUGGAAUACGUUCGGUGGUUGCUUUGCAUAACGUUAGGUCUUUUAUCACUGAAUUCCCUUGAAUUUCCUCAGAAUGUUGAUGCUUCAACUUCAUUGAGACUUCUGCAUGUUGUUGAAUUUGGAAGUCCUAUCUUUUCUGGUUAGCCCUUUCACUCUUGCACAAUCCUGAAAUAUCGUAGGGAAAGAUCAGGGAGUUUUCGGCUUUGUUCUAAAAUUAUGCUAACACCAAUGUUCCAGUUAAACGUAGUUGGGUGUGCUGCAGUUGAGUUUGGCUAAAAUCGGUAGUUCUGUAUAGAUAAGAGAAUAGGUGUUAUCAGGAGAAGUAGAAUAGUUUUGUGGGGCAUACUAAGUCUUAUAACUAAUGUCUUGCAUUAGUUAGCUAAGUCAUUUCUCUCUUUAAUGCUGAUCAAUAAUCCAAUCAGAAGGUA